UCGAAGCACUUCCUAAACAAUCACUUCCUAAGUCAUUGUUCAGCAGCGUCUACAUAUACAAUCUCUAGUCUUCGAACCAUCCCCAUCCCAUUCACAGCAACCACCCACCGGAACAUUUUCUCCACAGCUGAAGUAGGGGCCUAUAAAGCCGGCUCUCACAACUUCUCAUACUCUUCUGCCCGGCACGGUUGUCACAAACUCAAAGUGUUAGCCACUUGAAAAUUUGACACCAUGCCUGGCCGUCUUCUCUCCAGCUUUGUUCGCCCUUCCCUCUCUCACCACCACCACUCCUCUCACCAUUCUUCCGUCUCCCACUCCAACUCCUCGUCCUCGUCGUCUGUGAAUGAGAUCCCACCGAACACAGUGGCCUCCAAGAAGCCGUCCACGCAUGGUGCGGAAAGAGCCCGUUCACCCGAGCGUCGUCUGUCUUUUGCCGUCGAACACCUUAUCCACCCCCACCGUGACCACAGCAAGGACAAGCGACGCAGCCAUGGCCGGUCCUCCCGUUCCAAGGAGCGCGCCGGACAAGAGGAGAUUGCCAAUGCUCAUGCUAAACUAGACGUCAUUGUCGAAUCCCCGCCGCUUGUGUGCUACGGAUCCCCUGCGAACUCCACUGGUGCGCUGUUCUCAGGGCGCCUGAAGAUCAGCAUCUCCGAGCUGGCUGGCAUGGUCACCCUGGACACUUUCGAUAUGCGCCUGAUGAGCAGACUGACAACGAAGAAGCCUGUUUCCAGAGACUGCGCCAACUGCGCAUCGCGCACGGAGGAACUGACUCACUGGAACUUCCUGACUGAGCCUCUUCAUCUCAAGAAUGGCGACCAUGAAUUCCCCUUCAGCUACCUGUUCCCCGGUCAUCUGCCCGCCUCCUGCAACGGUUCCCUCGGUCAAGUCGAGUACUUCCUUUCUGCGCGUGCCCACAACGUCAACGGCGAGGAAUACACCUACGAGAUGCCCGUGCACAUCAAGCGUGCCAUCCUUCCCGGAAACGACAAGUCCUCAAUCCGCAUCUUCCCCCCUACCAACCUCACCGGCCGCAUCGUUCUUCCCUCUGUUGUGCACCCGAUUGGCACCUUUCCCGUUCAGAUGACUCUGAGCGGAAUCGUGGACAAGAAGGAGGACACGCAGACUCGGUGGCGCCUGCGUAAGAUGAUGUGGCGGAUCGAAGAACACCAAAAGAUCGUGUCCACCGCUUGCACCAAGCAUGCACACAAGAUCGGGGGCGAGGGCAAGGGAGUCCUCCACCAAGAGACGCGCAUCAUCGGCCACAACGAAGAGAAAGAGGGCUGGAAGACUGACUUCGACACCGCUGGCGGCGAAAUCAGCAUGCAGUUCGAGGCAAACAUCAACCCUUCUUGCAACCCUGUUUGCGAUCUCGAAACCCCUGGUGGCUUGGAAGCGAGACACAACCUUGUCAUUGAAUUGAUCGUGGCUGAGGAGUUCUGCCCGAACCGGAACCCCAAGCUCAUUACUCCCACCGGGGCGGCGCGCGUCUUGCGCAUGCAGUUCCACCUUCAUGUUACGGAGCGCAGCGGUCUCGGCAUCAGCUGGGAUGAAGAGAUGCCGCCGGUGUACGAAGAUGUGCCUGCCAGCCCGCCUGGAUACACCAUGCUCGAUGGUGACAGCAUCAUGGAGGACUAUCACGGAUCCCCCAUUCACCUGCCCGAGUAUGAGCAAUUGGAGCGCAUGGACUCCCUUCGACUGGACAGUGACUCUACCCACUCUUCAAUCCGGGGUCGCUCUCGCCUGACAACCGAUGACUUGACUGCGGAACCGACGGUACCUGCAGCCAGCAACCGAGCGCCGUCUGUCGAUUCCCAAAGCUCAAGACGCACAUAACACCUUUAACUUCACCGUUGACUUUCCUUCAUCUAUCUUCUUUUCUUUUUCAACAAACCUGGACUCGACAGAUGUCCAUACCAAGCUACGCCGCUUACGACGUUACGAUUUUUAA